UUCCAGCUGAUGUGUAGCGUGUAGGGUGUCCUGGACACAUCUCUGAACACAGCACAUCAGUCCUUUUGUGACUGCUUCAUUCAACUUUCUCCCAGUUUCGCAUCUAGAAUCUUCUGGGUCUCCAACAGCAAAGACAAUGAAUACGUCUGUGGCAAUGGUGCAUUUUGAAGAUGUGGCUGUAAACUUCAGCUUGGAAGAGUGGAAGAAUCUAAAUAAUACCCAGAGGACUCUUUACCGGCAUGUGAUGUUGGAAACUUACAGUCACCUAGAGUCAGUGUGGUGUGCAGUGAGCAAACCAAACCUGAUCAUCAGUCUGGAACAAGGAGCAGAGCCUUGCACUGUAAAGGAAUCCACAGACCAUAUCUCCCCAGAUAUCCAGGCUGUUCAUGGAUUAAUUGAGAACAAUGAGAAGAUGUGCAGCAAAGGUUUUUUGCAACAUAAAUUCAUUAAUGGAAAAAUAUCAAUUAAGGAGAGUAAUGACUUAGCAGAAACAUUUGGAUUGUGCUCAGUUCCUAUUUCCAAAGCAACUGGAAACACUGGAAACUACUCAGGAACAAUGAAACCUGAAACAUAUGAUGCUUCUGAGAACAUUUGUCUGCCCAUCAAAUGUGAUGAGAUUCAUGCUUUAGAGAAACCUGAGAGAUUUAAUAAUAUUGAUACAUCCCUCAAAUCUGAUGAACAACAUUCUAAAAGUGAUCAAAAUGAUAAUAAUGAUAGCAAGAAAGUAAGUCUCACUCACCUUCAGAAAAAUUGGUUCAGAGAAAAAAUGUCUGAAUCUAGUGUAUGUGGUAAAACUUUGGAUAAAAUAUUUAGUAUUGUAUAUGAAAAUGAAAAAUGUAGAUUUGAAAAAAUACACCUGAGAGAGCAAUACUAUAAAUACCAGGAAACCUACCUGCAUUCAGUCCUCAAAAAACAGGAGAAAACACAGAUAGAAGAGAAACUGUAUGAAUGUAAAGAAUGUGAGAAAGCUUUCUACAGGGAGUCAGCCCUGACCUUACAUCAGAGAAUUCACAAAGCAGAGAAAAUUUAUGAAUGUAAAGAAUGUUCAGAAUCAUUCUCCUGGAAGUCAGCCCUCACUAUACAUCAAAGAAUUCACACCGAAGAGAAACCUUCUAACUGUAGAGGAUGCUUCUCUUCAGACUCAGUCCUUACCAUACGUCAAGGAAUUCACGCUGAAGAGAAACUUUAUGAAUGUAAAGAAUGUGGGACUUCUUUUUGCAAGAAAUCAGUCCUCGCUGUCCAUCAAAGAGUUCACAAUGAAGAGAAAAACUAUGAAUGCCAAGAGUGUUCAAAAACAUUCUCCUGGAAGUCAGCCCUCACCGUACAUCAGAGAAUUCACACACUGGAAAAACCGUAUGAAUGUCAAGAAUGUUCACGUACUUUCUCUGUAAAGUCAGCCCUUCUACAUAAGCCGGUCCAGACAAGAGAGAAACUUUAUGAAUGUAAGGAAUGUAGAAAAACUUUAUAUAGGAAGCUCUACCUCAAUCUACAUCAAAGAAUUCACACAGGAGAGAAACCUUAUGGAUGUAGUGAAUGUUCAAAAACUUUCUCCUGGAAGUCAGCCCUCACAGUACAUCAGAGAAGUCACACAGCAGAGAAAACGUACGAAUGUAAAGAAUGUUCAGAAUCAUUCUCCUGGAAAGCAGCUCUCACUGUACAUCAAAGAAUUCACACUGGAGAGGAACCUUAUAAAUGCAAAGGAUGUUUCUCCUCGGACUCGAUCCUCACUGAACAUCAAAGAAUUCACAAAAGAGAAAAACUUUAUGAAUGUAAAGAAUGUGGAACUACUUUCUAUUCCAGGGUGGGGGUCAGUGGUGUCACCAGCACCAGGGAUUCCAUAGACUUCACCCCACAUCUUUUAAUUUCCUCAAUGUCCCAGGUCCACAUGCAUUUAGGAAGCCUGAAGCAGAAGAUGAGAGGUUCCCCAUGA